AUGGGCCCCGCCUCCUUCAGUCCUCCACUCCCCGCUCCCCAGGAAGGCCGUGCGGGCUGCGAGCUGCUGCUUUCGCUUUCCCUUCCCCGUGCCCACUCCUCGCUCCUCGCGCGGCGCUAGGCACCCCACCCGGCCAUGGCCACGCUCAGGGUCCAGCCUGACGCCCAAGCCAAGGUGGAUGUGUUUCGUGAAGACCUGUGUACCAAGACAGAGAACCUGCUUGGGAGCUAUUUUCCCAAGAAGAUUUCUGAGUUGGAUGCAUUUUUAAAGGAACCAGCUCUCAAUGAAGCCAACCUGAGCAAUCUGAAGGCCCCGUUAGACAUCCCAGUGCCUGAUCCAGUUAAGGAGAAAGAGAAGGAGGAGCGGAAAAAACAGCAGGAGAAGGAAGACAAGGAUGAAAAGAAGAAAGGGGAAGAUGAAGACAAAGGUCCUCCCUGUGGCCCAGUGAACUGCAAUGAGAAGAUCGUGGUUCUCCUGCAGCGCUUGAAGCCUGAGAUCAAGGAUGUCAUUGAGCAGCUCAACCUGGUCACCACUUGGUUGCAGCUGCAGAUACCUCGGAUUGAGGAUGGGAACAAUUUUGGAGUGGCUGUCCAGGAGAAGGUGUUUGAACUGAUGACCAGCCUCCACACAAAGCUGGAAGGCUUCCACACUCAAAUCUCUAAGUAUUUCUCUGAGCGAGGUGAUGCAGUGACCAAAGCAGCCAAGCAGCCCCAUGUGGGUGAUUAUCGGCAGCUGGUGCACGAGCUGGAUGAGGCAGAGUACCGGGACAUCCGGCUGAUGGUCAUGGAGAUCCGCAAUGCUUAUGCUGUAUUAUAUGACAUCAUCCUGAAGAACUUUGAGAAGCUCAAGAAGCCCAGGGGAGAAACAAAGGGAAUGAUCUAUUGAGAGCCUCCUUUUAUUCUGUGAUAGAUACAGCACAGACCUUCUUGUUUUUUACCGUGGACUCCAGACUUUUCCCUACCUUUCUCUUGUUGAGGUUUUUCACUCACCUUGCCUCCCAGGCACAAUAAAUAUAGUCAUACUGUGA